UAUAUCAACGUACUAUAAAUAAUAAUCAUCCCCCAUUGUUAAAAGACACGAGCUUUUCUUUCAUUUGUCAAAUAUAUACAUUUAAGAAUCAAAGAUGACUUCAUUGGAGACAGAUAUUAUCAACACGGGCAAAAAGCUGAUCAAAGGAACUGUGGUUUUGAGACCAAAGAACUCUAAUGUUGUUGGUGAUACGGUUACUCCUUCCAUUUUAGACAUUUCUUCUGUAGCUCUCAAGUUGAUUAGUGCUUCCAAAGCUGAUGGAAGUGGUAAAGGAAAAGUUGGAAAGCAAACAUUUUUGGAAGGCCAAAAAUCUCCUUUCAAUAUUGAAUUUGAAUGGAACCGUCAUUCCAUGGGAAAUCCAGGAGCUUUUUAUAUCGAAAAUUUCAUGCAACAUGAAUUCUUUCUUGUAAGCUUGACCCUUGAAGAUGAUCUUCACCAAGAAACCAUCAACUUUGUUUGCAAUUCAUGGAUUUAUAAUACUGAAAAGUACCAAACUGACCGCAUCUUCUUUGCCAACCAGGCAUACCUUCCAAGUGAAACACCGGCUCCAUUAGUGUAUUACAGACAAGAAGAAUUGAACAGUUUAAGAGGAGAUGGAACUGGAGAGCGCAAGGAAUGGGAAAGAAUAUAUGAUUAUGAUGUCUACAAUGAUUUGGGUGCGCCAGAUACAAAUGCUGCCUUGGCUCGUCCAACUCUUGGAGGGUCAAGCACAUUGCCUUACCCUCGAAGGGGAAGAACCGGCAGAAAGCCAACUCUAAAAGAUCCAGCGUCUGAAAGUCGAAGUAAAUUUGUUUACAUUCCAAGAGAUGAAUCACUUAAUCCACUGAAAGCGUCGCACUCUGUUAUUAAAACACUCAAUUUAGUAUCUCAAAAUGACACACCUCGAUUAAGAGCUCUAGUUACAUUCGAAGAAAAUGAACAACCAGAGUUUAACACCUUUGACGACGUGCUCUUGCUUUACAAUGGUGAAGCACCAAAUGAUUUUCCAAUACCAAAAGUGAUUCAAGCAAGUCAUACUGCAUGGAUGAGUGAUGAGGAAUUUACAAGGGAGAUGAUUGCUGGUGUGAAUCCAAACGUCAUUAAAAAACUUUCGGAAUUUCCACCAAAGUGCAAAGUAGAUAGCCAACUCUAUGGUGAUAAUACCACCACAAUAACCAAGGAACACUUGGAACCAUACAUGGAUGGGGUCAAUAUAGAACAGGCUAUCCAAAGCAAUAGACUCUACAUACUUGAUCACCAUGAUGCAAUCUUUCCAUAUUUGAGGAAAAUAAAUGAAACUGGUGCAAAGGCCUAUGCUUCAAGGACCAUUAUCUUUUUGCAAGAUGAUGGAACUUUGAAGCCAUUGGCCAUUGAGCUAAGUAAGCCACAUCCUCAAGGUGAUAGUUUUGGUCCUGUUAGUACUGUUUACUCUCCUGCAAGUGAAGGUGUUGAAGCUUCUAUUUGGCUCCUUGCCAAGGCUUAUGUUCUUGUAAAUGAUGCCAAUUAUCACCAACUUGUUAGUCAUUGGUUGAACACUCAUGCUACUGUUGAACCAUUCAUCAUAGCAACUAAUAGACAUCUUAGUGUGGUUCACCCUAUUCAUAAACUAUUACUUCCACAUUAUCGUAACACGAUGAACAUAAAUGCCAAUGCACGAAAUAUCUUGAUCAACGCAGACGGUAUUGUAGAAUCAACAUUCUUAUUGGGAGGUUAUUCAAUGCAAUUGUCUGCUGAUGCUUACAAGGAUUGGGUUUUCACUGAGCAAGGACUGCCUAAUGAUCUAAUCAAAAGAGGAGUGGCUGUUGAGGAUCCAGCUUCACCACACGGCAUUCGUCUUUUGAUAGAGGAUUAUCCUUAUGCUUCUGAUGGACUAGAGAUAUGGGCUGCUAUUAAGUCAUGGAUUGGCGAAUAUGUGAAUUUCUACUACAACUCGGAUGCAGCAAUUGCACAAGAUUCUGAACUCCAAGCAUUCUGGAAAGAAGUUGUAGAGGUGGGCCAUGGUGACUUGAAGAAUGCUACAUGGUGGUUUAAGAUGCAAACUCGUACGGAGUUGAUUGAAGCUUGUACCAUCCUCAUAUGGAUGGCUUCAGCACUUCACGCAGCUGUUAAUUUUGGACAAUAUCCAUAUGGAGGGUACAUCGUGAGCCGACCAACUAAAACCAGAAGAUUCAUACCCGAGAAAGGAUCCUAUGAGUAUGACGAGCUUGCUAAGGACUACCAAAAGACGUAUUUGAGAACAAUCACUCCAAAGAAUGAUACCCUUCAGAACAUGGCCACUAUGGAGGCAUUGUCAACUCAUGUUUCUGAUGAGCAAUACCUCGGGCAUAGAAUCGAAGGUGAUCUUUGGACUUCUGAUUCAGAGCCGGCAGAGGCCUACAAGAAGUUUGGAAGGAAGUUGAUUGAAAUUGAGGAAAAACUCGUACAAAGAAACAAUGACGAGUCAUUGAGAAACCGUUAUGGACCUGUGAAGAUGCCAUACACAUUGCUCCAUCCAUCUAGUGAACAAGGAAUGACUUUUAGAGGCAUUCCCAAUAGUAUCUCCAUCUAGAAAGUGUUACAGUUGAUGUGUUUUUUGUUGCUUUGAAUAAUAGAUGAGAAGAAAUUCCCUCA